AUGCGCAACCUGCAGGCAAACCAUCGCAAUCGAAAGCGAUUUUUAUGUAAUCCAGCUUUGUUGAGAGUUCUAUGGUUAUUAGGUAUUGGAAUAUUUGCACUUGUGAUUGGUGUCAUUGGUGCACUUUUGGGAUUCAUUGGUCUUCUUAAACAAGCACGAAGUCAUUUCUUUGAUCAUUUGGAGAAUCAAUGGGAAACGAAAUGUUUUGUUUUUCAACGAUUAACUGUUCCACAUCCAUGUUACAGUUGUAACAGUACCAAUUGUACAACAAAUAUCUGUUAUGAUGAAAAAUUCAAAGUGAGUUACAAAAUAUACGAUGAUUCAGAAAUCAUCAGUGCAAUCAAUGUUCGCGAUACAUCAAAUCCACAAAAUAUUCAAAUUGGAAAUGAGUACACGUGUUACUAUGAUCGAUUAUUUAAUUACCGAGAAGUUCAAUGGGAACAUACUCUACCAAAAUCACAAGCGCCAAUUAUUGCCACGGGAAUUUCUUUAAUCAUUAUUGCUACGUUAAUUCUCGCUUUGUUCGCAGUUUACGUUUGUUGGGUUGAACGACCUCGUUUAAAACGAUCGAAACGAAGAAACCAAAUGUUAAGACAUCUAUCCGGUGAACAUUAA